CCUGGUGUGCUGCGUCCCCUUCACCGCCACCCUCUACCCGCUGCCCAGCUGGAUCUUCGGGGAGUUCAUGUGCAAGUUUGUCAACUACUUACAGCAGGUCACAGUUCAAGCCACCUGCAUCACGCUGACGGCCAUGAGUGUGGAUCGCUGCUACGCCACCCUGUACCCUCUCCAGUCGCUGCGGCGACGUACCCCCCGCGUUGCCAUGGCAGUCAGCGUCGGCAUCUGGAUCGGGUCCUGCAUCCUCUCUCUGCCCAUGGCUUUGUACCACCGGAUCGAGGUGGGGCUCUGGUAUGGCCUGCGCACCUAUUGCAUUGAGAAGUUCCCCACUGAGGCCCAGCAGAAAGUCUACAUCCUCUACUCAUUCCUGGCUGUGUACCUGCUGCCCCUCAUCACUAUCUGUGUGUGCUACACACUCAUGCUGAAGAGAGUGGGGAGACCAGUGGUGGAACCAAUCGACAACAACUACCAGGUAACCUGCAAAGCUACUCUCUCAGAGCGCUCUGUGGUGCUGCGUGCCCGUGUCUCUCGGAUGGUGGUGGCAAUCGUGCUGCUCUUCAGUGUGUGCUGGGGCCCCAUCCAGCUCUUCCUGCUGGUGCAGGGCUUCUACAGGGGCUUCCAGGCCAACUACGAGACCUACAAGAUCAAGACCUGGGCCAACUGCAUGUCCUACGCCAACUCCGCGCUCAACCCCAUCGUCUACUCCUUCAUGGGCGAGAGCUUCCGCAAGUCCUUCAAGAAGGCCUUCCCCUCCAUGUUCCGCAGGCGCGUCAGAGACGGGACUCGGGCUGCCGUAACCACGGCGACGUGAAGCUCGACACCGAAGGAAUCAAGACCCAACGCACCUUUCUUUCUUUGUUUGUUUGUUU